AUGGACCUCGCGACGGGGGCCAUGGGCAGCCUGCUCCUCAAGCUUGGCCAACUCCUCACGGAGGAGUACAAGCUGCAGACGGGUGUCAAGGAAGAUGUUGAGUAUCUAAAGAGAGAGCUGGAGAGCAUGUAUGCUGCCCUCCGCAAGGUUGGGGGCGUGCCACGAGACCAGCUCGACGAGCAGGUCAAGUUCUGGGCCAACGAAGUCAGGGACUUGUCAUUCAUAAUGGAGGACAUCAUUGACAAGUUCCUGGUGCGCGUCGAGGGAGCUGAGCCAACCAUCAAGCCACACAAACUCAAGAAGCUCAUGAAGAAGAUGGGGAACUUGUUCAGCAAGAGCAAGACUCACCAUGAGAUCUCGGAUGAGAUCAAAGACAUCAAGCUCCGCGUCAAGGAGGCGGCUGACCGACGUGAUAGGUACAGGGUCCACGACAUGGUUGCUAAUCCAGCUGGUGCAACCACGGUUGAUCCUCGCCUAUUGGCUCUGUACAAGGACCAGAAAGAGAUCGUUGGUAUUGAUGAUUCAUUGAAUGAUCUAACCAAGAUGAUGAGUGAUGGAGAUGGUGAUGCAUCCAAGCAACUCAAGAUACUCUCUAUUUUCGGAUUCGGAGGCCUUGGCAAGACAACUCUUGCCAAAGCAGUGUAUGAUAAGCUUAACACGCAGUUUGAUUGUUGUGCUUUUGUUCCGGUAGGACGGAACCCUAGCCUGAAGAAACUUCUCAAUGACACACUCCUUGAAAUUGCUGGGCAAAAGUACCUGGAGUUGGAUGAAAGGCAGCUAAUCAACAAGCUCCGAGGAUUACUCGAGAACAAAAGGUACUUGAUUGUCAUUGAUGACAUAUGGGAUAAAAAAACAUGGGAACUAGUCAAGACUGCUUUGGUGUGUAACAAUUGUGGAAGCAGGAUAAUAACAACUACUCGUAUACUCGAAGUUGCCACAACGGCCAGUGAAGUAUACAAGCUACAACCACUUUCUCUUCAUUUAUCCAAGGAUUUAUUUCAUAGAAGAUUAUCUUGUGGUGCAAUAGAAUGGCCUAAUCAUCUGCCAACAGAGGUAUACAAUAAAAUUUUACAUAAAUGUGGUGGUGUACCGUUGGCUAUAAUCACAAUAGCUAGUUUGCUUGCUGGUAAACCUGUGGAGUUUUGGUCUAAGGUAUACACUUCAAUUGGUUUUGGGCAUGAAGAAAACGAAGAUGUGGAGAACACAAGGAAAAUACUUCUAUUUAGCUAUUAUGAUCUACCUUGUCACCUAAAGACUUGCUUGUUGUAUCUGAGCAUCUAUCCUGAAGAUAUUCUGAUUAAAAAAGAUAGUUUGAUAUGGAAGUGGGUUGCCGAAGGUUUUAUCCAUGAGGAACCAGGGGUAGGACUAUUCGAGAUUGGUGAGAGGUACUUCAACGAGCUGGUGAACAAAAGCUUGAUAAUGCCGGUAGAGAGAGAUCAAUAUAAUGGUAUCAUAACUGGUUGUCGUGUCCAUGACAUCAUGCUUGAUGUGAUAUGCCUAUUGUCAAAGGAAGAAAACUUUGUUACUGUAUUGGAUAGUAACGAGCAAUAUACAACUUCACAUUGCAAAGCUCGUAGGCUAGCUGUUCAACAUAUAGGCCAACCUCUGUCCAGCACGUCAACAUUACAAGCAAGGUCACUUAAUGCAAUUUGCAAUGCUGAGAUGUUCCCAUCACUUUCAUGCUUUGAUGUUUUGCGUGUCCUAGCUUUGGAAGGCAAUUGUAGUUCGUAUAAUCCUAAUUAUCUUGAGCAUGUUGGAAAGUUAGUUCACUUGAGGCACCUCAAACUAGGGAGCAUUGGUAUCCGUGAGCUCCCAAAGGAAAUAGGACAUAUGAAGUUCUUGUUGGUAUUGGACUUGGGUCAAAAUAGGAUAAGUGAACUUCCAGAGAGUAUUGGUGGACUAAGUCAACUAAAGUGCUUGAACAUGUGUGAAACAGAGAUUGUAGUGCCAUGCUGGAUUGGGAAUUUGACAUCUCUGGAAGAGCUAUGCCUAGGAGAAGUUGAUGUGCAAUCCAACUUUGUGAUAGAACUGGGCAAGUUGACAGAGUUGAGGAAGCUCCACAUUUCUGAAGAAUUAGACUUAUCCGAUGAUUACGCAAUGAAUAGUUGGGCUGAGUCUGUAGCCAAACUCAGCAAGAUCCAAGUCAUAGACAUUGAGUCAAUUUAUGGGUGGAGAGUCUCCAGUGAUGAAGAGAAACCCUGGGAACAGUAUGCCCUCUCUCCACAACUCCGUGUUCUGCGCAUGGCCUACCUAGAACCUGGGCUGGUAGCAAGGAUCAAUCCGAGGCUUCUUCCCAACCUGUCCCAUUUAGAACUGUUUGUAUACAGUCCAGAUCUAGAUGUGUUCGGGAGCUUGUUUCCCUCCGGCUGGACAUGUUGUCAGCUCUCCACCAUAACACCACGGGAGGUGCAGGUGCCUUCCUCAAGCUGA